AUGAACGAUAUCGUCUCCGAUCAGCAUCGCGCUCUUGCAUUUGGUAUCUGGCCUAUCGGACCUACAAAUGGUCCCGUGUAUGGCCCGAUUAUUGACGGCUUCGUCUUCGAGUACCUGAGCUGGAAGUGGACAAACUGGAUUGUCUUGAUUGUUGGCGGUGCGGUUCUUGGCUUAAUGUGCUUCAUUAAAGAAACGUAUGCUCCGGUGAUCCUCAGAAGGAGAGCUGCGAGGUUACGGAAACAGACGAGGGAUCUCAGGUGGUGGACACGCUAUGAUGGGGGCGAUUCUUGCUCUAAACGGCUUAAAGACGGUCUUAGUCGGCCGUUCGCUAUGCUUGUGACUGAGCCGAUCUGCCUGUUUCGGGACGGCUAUGUCGCGCUUGUUUAUGGUGGUCUCUAUUUGUGUUUUAUCGCCUACCCCAUCGCUUUCCAGACAGAGCGUGGCUGGUCCCCGGGAAUCAGUGGUCCCCGCAAGGGGAAGACAAGCGCCCAUAACACUGUGAAAGAACAUAUUCCCCGCAAGCGCGGACGCAGUGUAGAUCCCAAUAACAACGCUGACCAUCGCUUCUGGAGGGACCUCUCUAGUUUCAGGAUCCUUGUGAUGGGAAUCAAUGGCGCGGCGGAACAGAGGCUCGCAUGCGAUUGCUAUCAACAACCCAGUUCCGAUGCCGAUGAAGGAGAGCCGGCGAUGUAUGCGACGCUGGGCCUGAACUUGGCCGGUACCUUGCUGGGUCUUGUGGAGUCGUACCUGUGA